AUCUCGCUGUCCUCUGACCCCCCAAUGCGCAAGUCAGUGGCGUCACAUCCGGGCCCCGUGACUUCCCUGGGUUCACGGCAAGGGUGGAACCGGAUUCUGCCUGGAUGGGGAUCUGGAUGGGGGUGGGGGGUUGAUUUGGGAAGCAGAGCACAGCAGCCCAAAUUUGCUUGUAAUGUCGGCGGCUACAGAGGAAAGGCCAAGAAUGGACAGAUUAAUAAAGGGCCAUCUACAAGCCACGAAUAAGGCCAUCACCAGAAGCCAACCCCGCCAGUCCUUGAUCUAGGACUUCCAGACUUCAAAACUGUGAAAAAAAUAAAAUAAAUUUCUGUUGUUUUAGCUACUCAGUCAAUGGCAUUUUGUUAUGGCAGCCUGAGCUGACUUAAGACAUAACUUCAGGUGACACAAUUUUUUUUUUUGUUUCCUCCUAGAAAAAAAAAAAAAGUAAUUUUGACACUUAAAGUCUGUAGUUCAUUUUGAGUUACAUUUCUGUACGGUGCAAGAUAUUUGCAGUGGCUAGUAUUAUGUGUCAACUUGUCUAGGCUAUACUGCUCAGCUGUGUGGUCAAACAGUAGUCUAGAUGUUGCUGUGAAGGUAUUUUGUAGAUGUGAUCAACAUUUACCAUCAGUUGACUUUAAGUAAAGCAGUUUAACUUCCAUAAUGUGGAUAGGCCUCAUCCAAUUAGUUGAAGGUGUUAAGAGAAAAGACCAAGGUUUCUUGGAAAAGGAAUUCUCCCACAAGACUAACAUAAUAAUGUCGUGUGAGUUUCUAGCCUGCUGGCCUGCCUUCACUGUCCUGGGGGACGCUCGGGGAGACCAGGUGGACUGGAGUAGACUGUUGAGAGACACUGGUCUGGUGAAGAUGUCCAGGAAACCACGAGCCUCCAGCCCAUUGUCCAACAACCACCCACCAACACCAAAGAGGUUCCCAAGACAACCUGGAAGGGAAAAGGGACCCAUCAAGGAAGUUCCAGGAACAAAAGCCUCUCCCUAAAAGACCACCGCUUCAAAAAAACCUGAGGAAUGGAGUGGGCCAACACUAUCCAGCCACUCUGACCAGCCGAACGAGGAACUCAAUCAAAAUGAGCCAUAGCGGGACCACAAGGGCAAGGAGACCACCACCUUCUACAGUCUCUCUUCGGGCAGCCAGUAAUUCCCGGGCAAGGCCAGAGACUUCAAGUCUAUCUGAAAAGUCUCCAGAGGUCUAACCCCAGAUAAAUAGCCAACAGGGUGUAAAGUACAUUUUACACCCCAAAGGGUGUGCCCCAUGGUGAUGAAAAUAAAGUGAACA